AUGCCUGCCAUUACUUCAACACAACUUUCAGCCCUCCAAAAGAACUCUCGGAAUAUUAGAAAUAUCUGUAUUUUAGCUCAUGUAGAUCAUGGCAAGACAACACUUUCAGAUUCACUCCUUGCUACCAACGGAAUCAUUUCCUCAAAAAUGGCAGGAAAGAUCCGCUACCUUGACUCGAGAGCGGACGAACAAGAGCGUGGAAUUACUAUGGAAUCUAGCGCAAUCAGCCUGUACUUUAAAUUAGUAAAGGCUACCAAACAAGUUACUAGUGAAUACUUGAUUAACUUGAUUGAUUCUCCUGGCCAUGUUGAUUUCUCAUCCGAAGUAUCUACUGCCUCUCGCUUGUGUGACGGUGGUCUUGUUCUUAUUGAUGUAGUAGAGGGUGUUUGCACUCAGACUAUCAACGUUUUGCGUCAAGCAUGGAUCGACAAAGUACGUCCUGUGCUGGUACUCAACAAGAUAGAUCGCCUGAUUGUCGAAUUGAAAUUGACACCACAAGAAGCCUAUCUUCACCUCAACAAGAUUCUUGAGCAGACCAAUGCUAUCAUGGCAACGUUCUUUACUGGAGAUUGGAUGGAAGACGAAGCAAGAAAAAUGGAAGCCGAUAAAAUGAAACGAACCAAAGAAGAAGCAGAGGCAGAGGCAGCGGCAGAAGAAUCGGCCACUGGACAAAUCUAUGAUUGGAGUAUGGAGGAACGUGAUGAUUCAGAUAUUUACUUUGAUCCAUCCAAAGGAAAUGUCAUUUUUUCAAGUGCAAUUGAUGGCUGGGCAUUCAGAGUUCAACAGUUUGCCACCAUUUAUGCCAAAAAACUUGGGUUCAACGAAACUGCGCUGCAGAAAUGUCUCUGGGGUGAUUUUUACUUUGAUCCAAAGACAAAGCGUGUGAUACAGCAAAAGCAUCUCAAGGGUCGCAAUCUAAAGACAAUGUUUGUCCAAUUCGUACUUGAAAACAUCUGGGCUGUCUAUGAUAGUGUAAUAAUUCGACAAGAUCGUGAACGUACAGAAAAGAUCGUAAAUGCACUCAAUCUUAAGAUUCUUCCUCGUGAUUUAAAAUCUCGCGAUCCACAGAUUCUCUUGUCUGCCAUUUUCUUCCAAUGGCUGCCUUUGUCUACCUGUAUUUUACUGGCCAUCAUUGGUCAACUUCCACCUCCUAAAGAGGCACAGCGCAUUCGCUUACCCAAGAUGCUCUAUCCUGAGAUCCAACAAAACGACAAUGAACCACUUGAGCCCACCAACGACGUUGAACGAGCACUUUACAGUUGCGAUUCAUCGCCCAAGGCACCGAUAGUAGCCUAUGUCAGUAAGAUGUUUGCAAUUCCUGCAGACCAACUUCCCGAAAACAGGCGCAAGCAGAUGACAGCCGAAGAGAUGAGAGAAAGAGGUCGUCGUCAGCGUGCCCUGCGUGCUUCCCAGGCUGCUGAAUCUGCCAAUCCCGAGAACGGUAUUCCACUUGACAUGGAAAGGCUGUCCCAGGAAUUGAGUGCUGAGGACAUUGAACCCGAAUUGGAGGAUCCCAAGGGCGAACAUUUGAUUGGAUUUGCCAGAUUGUAUUCAGGAACCAUCCAUGUAGGCCAGAAGCUUUACGUUAUGGGUCCCAAAUAUGAUCCAAAAUACCCCAAGAGAUAUGUUACCGAGAUCACAGUCCAAAGCCUCUAUCUAAUUAUGGGACGUGAACUUGAGCUGCUCUCAGAAGUAUCGGCCGGUAAUGUGUUUGGUAUUGGUGGGCUGGAAGGGCAUAUUUUGAAGAACGGUACUCUGGCAAGCACAUUGGAUGGUGUAAAGAACAUGGCCGGUGUCCGAUUAGAACAGGCACCCAUCGUUCGUGUCGCACUUGAACCUGAAGAUCCUACCGAGAUGGACAAACUUGUGGAAGGUCUGCGCCUUUUGAACCAGGCCGAUCCUUGCGUUCAAGUUCUUCUCCAAGAGACUGGUGAGCAUGUUAUCUUGACAGCUGGAGAACUUCAUUUGGAGCGAUGCUUGCGUGAUCUGAAAGAGCGCUUUGCUAAAAUUGAGAUCCAUGCCUCUGAACCUAUUGUUCCUUUCCGUGAAAGCAUUGUUAGUGCCGAUUUAUCUCCAAAUAAGGAAAAAGACAAUGUAGUCGUUCCUCGUGGUACACUCGAAGUAAGAACCCAGACCAAGUACAUUACUUUGAAGCUUCGAGCCGUACCUCUGCCUACACGAGUGACUGCUUUCUUGACCGCAAAUGCAGCAUCAAUCAAGGCCAUUGUCGAUCAAAAGCUCGAGAAAAAGAAGGCAAAACGCUCCAACGAUGGACAGGAAGAUGAUGAAGAGGAGGCUACAACCACAAGAGCCGAACCUCUCGAGAAAGCAGAAAAGAUCUUUACCGCCAAGGAAUUCCAGGACUUACUCAAGCAUGAAUUUGACGAGGCACGUAAGGAAGGUGGCCAGAUUUGGGCUUUUGGACCAAGACGAAUUGGAUCAAACUUGUUGGUAAAUCAAGAUCACGCUGAUGAGGUGAUCAAGGUAGAAGGAAAGGAUGCUGCUUUGAGCAUCCUUGACGUUGAUUUCCACAUCCACACUGGGUUCCAACUUUCUACAUUGACUGGUCCCUUGUGUGCCGAACCUGUUACAGGUGUUUGCUAUAUCGUACAAGAUGUUGUUGUAAAUAAAAACGAGAUGGUAGAUGCACACGUGAGAUCUCGUUUGGGUCUUAUUCAAGGCCAAGUUAUCUCUGCUAUGAAGGAAGCAUGCCGUCAUGGUUUCCUUGAUUGGUCUCCUCGCCUGUGGUUAGCCAUGUACACCUGUGAUAUCCAAGCCUCAGCUGAAGUACUUGGUAAAGUAUAUGGUGUUAUAUCCAAACGUAAAGGAAAGAUCGUGUCAGAGGAUCUCAAAGAUGGUACCCAAUUCUGGCAAAUCCAUUCGCUGCUACCUGUUAUCGAGAGUUUUGGUUUUUCUGAUGAAAUUCGUAAGAGAACCUCAGGAGCUGCCAGUCCACAGCUUGUAUUUAGCGGAUUUGAAAUGAUGAAUGAAAAUCCAUUCUGGGUUCCUACCACAGAAGAAGAAUUGGAAGAUUUAGGCGAAAAGGCCGAUAGAGAGAACUUGGCCAAGAAGUAUAUGGAAACCGUACGAAAGAGAAAGGGAAUGUUUGUUGAGAAGAAGUUGGUUGAACACGCUGAGAAACAACGAACAUUGAAAAAGUAA